AUUUAAAGGAAAAAAAACUUGAAACACAUGAAAAUGGCGGCGAGUCAGGGAGGUGGGGGAGCAAUAACGGGUCUGCUUAGCCAUCUCUACCCGAAUGCACCUCACUGGAACCCCGGGAUAUUUCAGCAUCAGAACUAUCACCUCACGGCUCGCAGCACGGACCGCGCAUUGGAGGAUGCGGUGUGCUCGGGGAUUCUGAAUCUCAGUGGGAGGAAAUUAAGGGAUUACCCCGGAACGAGCUACGAUCUUGCUGAUACAACACAGGCAGAUCUCUCAAGGAACAGGUUCACGGAAAUACCCCCAGAGGUCUGCCACUUUGCCCCUUUGGAGUCGUUAAACCUGUACCACAACUGUAUAAAAUGCAUCCCAGAGGCCAUCAUCAACCUGCAGAUGUUAACCUACCUGAACAUCAGUCGGAAUCUUCUUUCAACACUGCCAAAGUACUUGUUCAAUCUUCCCCUUAAAGUGUUGGUUGUGAGCAACAACAAACUAUUCUCAAUCCCUGAAGAAAUCGGGAAAGCCAAGGACCUCAUGGAACUGGAUAUCAGCUGCAAUGAGAUCCAGGUCCUGCCAUCUCAGAUAGGAGACCUCCAUGCCUUACAGGAACUCAACAUGAGGCGAAACUGCCUGGAGGUGCUGCCUGAGGAGCUAGCUGACUUGCCACUCAUCAGACUUGACUUCUCCUGCAACAAGAUCACAGAGAUUCCUACCAUUUACAGGAGAAUGAGGCAGCUGCAGCAUAUUGUCCUGGACAACAACCCCAUGCAGUCACCACCUGCGCAGAUUUGCCUAAAGGGUAAAGUGCAUAUAUUCAAGUAUCUGAACAUCCAAGCUUGCAGAAUGGACAAGAAGCCAGACUCCCUUGACCUCCCAUCUCUGGCAAAACGUUGCCUUCCACAGCCACUGACAGACAGCAUGGAAGAUUUUUACCCCAGCAAAAACCAUGGGCCUGACUCGGGCAUUGGGAGUGACAAUGGCGAUAAGAGGUUAUCUACGACAGAGCCCUCAGACGAUGACACCAUCAGCCUCCACUCUCAGGUGUCAGAGACUGCGCGGGACCAAGGGCGGGUUGACACCCAUUCACUGCUCUCCAGGCUGGACCCCAACAAAGAGCCUUAUGACUACAUCGACCCAAACCCAGAGGAAGAUGCACUGCCGGCAGAGGGGGAUGUACAGCAGAGCACUCCCUGUGUUUCAUGUAUAAAGGAAUUCAAGGAGGUACUAAAGUCACACCCCAGCAUAGACAAAGAGAACUGGAAAGAGUCCAGUUUGGAAAAAGAACAGCUGGUGGAAGAGGUGGAAGAUGAACUCCAAGAGGUAAUCGACCUGAAGAAGAUUGCUACCCAGCUUCUCCAGCAGGAGCAGCAGAACAGACGGCGGUCCUUAAUUUGUAGAGCAGAGAGUCUUAUUCAUCGGCGGAGGGUGGUGGGCCGAGCGCACAGGUUUCUCAGUCAUUCGAGCAGCAGUGCCAACAGCAAACUGAGGUCCCCCGCUCAGUCCGUCAGGAGUGCUUCUGUGGAGGAGGGAAGCUCAGCAGGACUGGUCCUCAGUGCACAGCCUACCUCCUCAGUGUCCUUUGAUGGGACUCAAAGCCUGGAGCAAACAGAGCUUGAGCACAAGUGGCCUGAAGUGCCUCCAGUACUGAACCAGGGUGAGGAGCGGAGGCGGAGUAAAUAUUUAAGAAAAGACUAUCUAAAGCACAAGUGUCAGAGUGCACGAAGAAACUCCAGCAGCAACGAUUGUGAGGAAGGAGUGCGAUCUGCAGAUCUGAGCACAACCUUAACAGUGUUUGGUUUGAAGCCAAGGUCAGCAUUUUCCCGGGCAAGUCAUCAGGACUACAGUUCCACGGAUCCCAGCUUCACUAUGCGAAGGAAAAUGGAGCACAUAAGGGAGGAGAUGGAACAGAUUGAACUUCUGCGGCAGAACCUGGAGUCUAGUCUAAAGGUCCUGCUCCCAGAUGAUGUGGGUACAGCUCUGAUGGAUGGCGUAGUUCUGUGCCAUCUGGCCAACCACAUUCGGCCUCGCUCCGUAGCCAGCAUUCAUGUGCCCUCCCCUGCAGUGCCAAAGCUGAGUAUGGCCAAGUGCCGCCGAAAUGUGGAAAACUUUCUGGAUGCAUGUAAGAAGUUGGGUGUGCCUCAGGAUAAGCUGUGCCUGCCCCAUCACAUCUUAGAGGAGCGAGGCCUGGUGAAGGUGGGCAUGACAGUCCAGGCAUUGUUAGACUUGCCUGCAUUGAGGCCGACUCAGCUCUCAGGUGUAUAGCCCUGUUUGGCUCACACAUUCCACUGCUGCACCACGCCUGAGAAAUGGCAGCCACCGCUACACACUAGCCAUAAAGGACCAAGGAGACAACCCUCCACCAACAGCCCUCUGUCCAUACGUCUUUCGGGGGGGGGGGGGGAGAUCCUACAGGAAGCUGAUUGAAUCCUCCAGGAAUCUGAUUGAAUUUGGAGGGGAUUCCCAGACUGCCUUCCUGUAUGAUGUCAGCUACAGUGGAAAUUUUGAAAUAAGAAACAAAUGGUCAAACAGUCCCACACGGUGCUGAAAAUACUGUUGUGGAGAGGGGUGGCUGUUUUGUCUGUAGUGCUGGUCAUGCAAAACUAGAAAGAGUCAUGGUGAUAUGAGAAUGUUCUUGCCAAAUUGAUCCUGCAAUGUAUGUGUAAUGCCAGCAAGCAUUGUUUUACAGUCUAUAAUCUUAGUGGCACAAAUUCCCCUCAAAUUCAUUAGUCUUUCAAUAAAAAAGUAAAUAUAAGCUCAUGAAACCAUAAAGUAAUGGAGUUCUCAAAUAAUUGUUGCAAUGUGGUAAUGAUACUUUUAUAUUAGAUUUACAAACCUUUAUUUCACAUCAUAAAUUAAAAACAGCAGUAUUAAAAUUAUAUUUGCAAACCAAAAUUUUUAUGCUGCCUUAAAAUGAUCAAAUUAGGUUUUCAUUUCUUGUUUUAAAGAUGGCUUUUUACAGUUAGGCCUGAAGUAACAAUGUACUUUACACGACCACAAGUCCUGAUUAUUGGUAACUACAGUAACAGAUCAAUUAAUCUAUUUUGGGAUGCAAAAAUACAGCUGUUUUUACUUUUGCAGUUCUGCAGGGUUCAGACAAACAAACUGUUUUGUAACUUUAGUUGAUUGGGUGAUGUUUUACAGGGUAGCACUGUAACAUUGUCAGCAUAUAAAAAGGAAUAAUAACAUUAUUCCAUUUGAAAACAGUAUAAGAGUUUUCAUAACCAUGUCGUAUUCCUGUCCAGGGUCACUUCUAAUAUAGUUUGAAUAGCUAGUUUGCUAGACUUACCAUUAUGCCAGGGUUCAACAUGACCAAAAGGUUGCCAGUAUGUGAAGUUGCAUUCCUUAUACAGAUCUCAUAUAGAGAUGAUGUGACAAUGAGACUUUCAUAUUUUUGCUUUUUCAUAGGCACUUAGUAUUCCUGAUCAUGAACUUGGUGAAAUGUGAAAUAUGAGUGCCAUGCCCAACCACAACCACUCUCAUAUGUAUAGUUUUUAUAAAAGAUAAUUUAAUGUUAUAUUAUUGAGAGUUUUAUCUUUUGUUUAAAUUUGAUUCUGAAUCAUGUUUUUAUGAUUGUUUUUAACUUAUUUAGUUUAAAUAAAUUUUACUGGGUAUUAAUCCACAUACCUGAAAUGUAAAAACUCUCGAACACUGUGUACAAUUUUUAAUAAUGAUGUUAUUACAUUGAGAAAUCACAGCAUAUUAUUUGUAUCAGGGUAUUACUGAUUUUAUAUUUAUUGUUUAUUUUUUCCUAUGUUUUCAUACCUAGCCUGGUUCAAUGUCAUUGGUCUGAACCUAACUAAGGUUUAAAGAUUUGUAACUGGACUCAAUUUCUAGACAUGUUUGUAUAGUAACUGUUUCAACAAACCAAACUUGUAAUUAAAUGGAGAAAAUACUGAAGAUUUCUUGCUUGCAUACAGUGAGAACUGGUCAGAAUAAAGCAUCUUGCUUGAUGGAAAA